GCAAACAUUCAACCAGCAGCAGCAGCAGCAGCAGAGUGGCAUCUGUGAUGGUGCAGUCUGUGCCAAACAGAAAUCUUAAACAUCUCUAAAGCUGUCUCUCCAAACCGAAUUUGAUUAAUGUUCGGUGAAAUGUUGAAGAGAUAAGAGAGGAAGAGGAGGAAACAAAUAGGGCGACUAUCUCUUGCAUCAUGUUUCCUGUCCCUCUUUUUUAUAAAAAAAAAUUAAAAAUGCAAAAGACACUCAAAUGGACAAAAUUCAGAUAACAAGAGUUUGACCGGCCAAGGAUGGUAACUGUUACCCCGGGGGACCACACGUGGGCGACCAUGUUGGGUCAGAGUGUACGUUUGCAGCCGGUGCCCAUCCAGAGCCUGUCAGAGCUGGAGCGAGCCAGGUUACAGGAUGUCGCCUUGUACCACCUGGAAGAGAGGGACCUGGACUACAAGAUCGGUGUCCCCAGAGAAAUACGCAAACGGAGAAAAUCUCUGCGGAGGAAGUUCGACUCCUUUUCAAAGGAAAAGAAAGAGCGAGAAUCGGCCCCCAAGGCGUUCGGCAUCCCACUCUCCCAGGUUAUUGCUAACGACCAGGCAUACAAACGGCGGCAGGACGCCCUGAAGGAGAGCAGGCGCGACUGCUUGGAUCUGGAGGCUAGCAUCCUGCGCUUCAGGGCCGAGAAGCGGCAGUUCUUCAACGGGAAUAAACCGCUGGUCAGCUCCUCGUCGAUCACGGGAGGAGUUCCCGGCUCGCCGUCUUCAAACUCCGUGGCACCGGCGCCGAUUUUUGAGAACCAGAACAAACCGCUGUCGCCAACAUUUCUGGAUAACACCGGACGAGCACAGAGAAGGGGCGGCCUGUCAGUCGACUCCAUUUCUGACCUGGUAGAGAGUCAGUCUCGUCUGUUGGAGGCUCUGCAGCUCUCCCACCCAGCCGAGCUGGAGCUGAAGAAGUCACCUAGCACCGGCUCGUCAGAGGGGAGGACUCAGACCAAACUCAGCCUCAACCCCAUCUUCAGACAGGUGCCCCAGGUGCUGGAAAGAUGCUGCACUCACAUCGAGAAUUAUGGUCUUCAGACUGUGGGCAUUUUCAGAGUCGGGAGCUCUAAGAAGAGAGUGAGACAGCUGCGGGAGGACUUCGACAUGGGGGUGGACGUCCAGCUGGAUGAGGAGCACAGUGUCCAUGACGUGGCGGCAUUGCUCAAAGAGUUUCUCAGAGACAUACCUGAUCCUCUGCUGCCCAGAGAGCUCUAUCCCGCCUUCCUGCACGCCAACCUGCUGAGAGGAGCAGACCAGCUGCAGUACCUGCAGCACCUCCUCUACAUGCUGCCUCCCUGCAACUGCGACACCCUGCUGCGCCUCCUCACCUUGUUACACACCGUGCAGAGCUUCGCCCAGGACAGCAUAGGAACCAACAACGAGGAGAUCAACGGUAACAAGAUGACGGCUGCUAACCUGGCGGUGAUCUUCGGGCCCAACCUGCUGCAGAGGGAAAGAGGAGACGUGAGUAUUCACGCGAUGGGAAUCGAGGACAGCACGGCGAUCAUCAGCGUCACUCUGGUGCUCAUACAGAACUACAAGAGGCUCUUCACGGUAUCUGCAGAGCUGCAACAGGAGGUCCUGAUGAGUCUGAUCCAGACGGACCCGGACAUCAUUGACUAUCUGCUGCGCAGGAAACUCAGCGGGAGUCAUCUGACGGUGGACAGCAGUGAGACGGGGGGUCGUCGGGAUACGGGGGCGUCUCUGGACUCGGUCGGGGCCUCCAGCGGAAGUCUGUCUCCGCUGGAACCCCCCUCGCCUCUUUUCCCCCCCGAUGGCAACGGCGGCGAGGGCAGCCUGACCAGCGAGGUCUUCCUCAACGUGCUCAAACUGAACCAGAGCAGGAAGCGGCAGGAGACGAGAUACGGUGAAAUCUCUCCAGGUAAAUCCAUCCGCCACAUGCGUCAGUUCCACUCCCACCACAACCUGCUCAGCCUGGCCCAGCCCUCCUGCUCCUCAUCCUCCACCUCCAGACUCCACGGUCCAGACCCUGACACCCAGGACCGCAGGGGCCCGCUGGGGUCUGCGCUGAGCUUCACGCUGGGCGGUGCCGGCAGCGGCAGCUGCUCCAGUCUGAGCGGCUCCAGCGAGAGCAGCAUCUGGGUGAGACAAACGCCGCAGGAGGAGAGCAAGCCGUCACCCGCCGCUAACUUCUGGGACUUCUUCACCGGGAAAGGGUCGAGCUCGGAGACGAUGGUAUGAUAAAGGGCGAGGAUGACAAGGAUGAACAUGAAGAGGAGAGAGAGUGUGUGUGUUGCUGUCAGAGGUCAAAGUUUCAGUUGCUGUUUUUUUUAUAAAGGUAUUAAGAUCCAAUAAUACUAAACAUCAACUGUUAAAAUUGUAUUUCUGGGAUUAAAUUUGUCGACAUGACAUCAGAUUUAAGAA